UGGUGAGAAGAAGAAGCAGACGCGAAGUUUUUUACUAAAAACAAUAUCCACGAAACGCACUUUAUUUAACAAAUCCAAGUAAAUUAAAACACCUGCAGACAUGGCGAAGAUGGCUUUUCAGCACCAGGCCGGCACGGCGAUGGAAUGCUUGAGCAUUCCCAUCACGCUGCACAAGGAGAAGGACUACGAUCAGGAGGGGCGGGAGAUCCUCAAGUGCGGCUUUAAAAUUGGCGGUGGAAUCGAUCAGGACUAUAAAAAGAGUCCACAGGGUUACACGGAUUAUGGCAUCUAUGUGACCGAGGUGCACGAGGGCAGUCCUGCCGCACGUGCUGGCCUUCGGAUCCAUGAUAAGAUCCUCCAGUGCAAUGGCUACGACUUCACCAUGGUCACACAAAAGGCCGUGAGCUACAUACGGAAAAACCCGAUACUCAAUAUGCUAGUGGCCCGCAAGGGCGUUACCUCGACAUAAGUGGAUUCCCUUGGAGCGGGUCUCCAGCACUACUCUAGCAGUAUUUGCAGCGGCAUCUAAACUAAUCCACUUCAGCGCCUCUCUUGGCAAAGGAUCUCCUCCUCGCCCCACUUGCAACCUAUCCACAUACUUAGAUAUACCAUAUAUAGCAUAUAUAUAUAUAUUCAUAACUUAUGCACAUCGCGCACAGAAACAUACAUGUAGUAAUGCUUCUUGUUGAAUUCGAUUUGUUUGCCUCAUCAUCAGUUGUUGAACGAAAAUCGCCAAGCUCCACCUCCAGUGCAGAGAGAACAGAUUGCCAAAUACCGAAUAUAAACAAUUUUGUACUUUUAUAUAUAUAAACCAUGUGCAGAGACCAUUCCAAAAACCAAACAAAGCAAAUGACGAACGCAAAGUUGUUAAGACAAACAAAUACAAUACAUACAUUCAUAGUACAUACUUGUGAUAAAUGCCGCUUACUGUGCAGAUACAUUGAAUGGAUGCGUUGAAAAGCGCAUCAGCUAAGUUUUACAAUUGAGUUUUUUAAUGUUAAAUUGCGUGUUUUGAAUAAAUGUUUGCGAAAUAGGUGUC